AUGGAACUUACCCGAGCGAGACGCGUGUCGUCGGCGGGCUACCGGCUGCCGGAGCGGCCGGGGCCCGCGCCGCAGCGCGCGGCCUCGGCGCAAGACGUGCCGGAAAAGACGCGCAACGGCAGAAGAGAGGACGGUCCGCGCCGACACGCGGACAGCAGCGAUGCUGUCAAACGGGAUCAGCUGUGGCGAGACUUUGUCCGAACCGAGAUGAGAGGAGUCAGGGAAUGGGAGAAGAACUGGGGGUUUCUGAAACAGUAUGAUCAGAUGGGACAGCUGAAGCCGGAGACACCGUUACCCAGCCCCGUGCUGCUCUUCUCCGACUGCCUCCCCAAAACCACCAACCAGACGUUUGGAAGCCGAGUGUCCACGCCGCUUGGCAGGGAGCUGAUGAGGAUGGACAGGCUGCUACUUUCUAAUCCGAGCCAUCAUAAGUGCAAAAAAGACCCAGAGACGCUGCCCUGCUAG